AUGGCACCAAGACUCUCCAAAUCAGACAAACAAGCGCUAAUUGUGACGCAUCUUCAAGCCACGGGAACCUGUCACACGCUCAAGGACCUUGAAAAGACCCUCCCCAGUGUGGCCUCGAUCAAUAGUAUCCAAGUCAAAGAGUACCUGCAGGCAUUGACCGACGAGAACCAAAUCCGAGUGGAAAAGAUCGGCAGCGGGAACUGGUACUGGAGCUUCGGAAGUGAUGAGAGAGUUGAACGGGAACGGCAGUUGGCCCGGGUGCUUACGGAAGUGGAGAAGGCUCGAAAAUCCUACACCGAGAUGGGCGCGGCCCUGGCCGCUGAGUCUACAAAACGGAAGCAAGACGAGGACCAGGCUGCCCAGUUCGGAUUUGUGGCUCUUCCUAAUCCCUCCACCGCUACAACCACUAGCGAUUCCACUAAUUCUACGACUAAUCCUGAUUCUACCAAUCCUGCUCCAAUUGAGAUGGAGACUGGGGUUCCCCAUUUCUCCAGUGGCUCUGUGAGUGAGAUUCGUCAGAAUCUAAUGGAGGUUCGAGCCGAUCUAGAGGCGGAGGUGCAUCGGCUUCGGGUGGCAGAGACAGGGGGUACUUCGGUGCGUCAGAAAAGUGUAUUGCAACUUCGGAGGGAGUUAGCGGGGUUCAGGCAGCAAUCGUUGCAGUGGACGGACAAUCUCUAUGUGCUGGAACAACACUUGCGUGAAUUGGCCGGCGGAGAUCAGGAAAUUGUCUCUGCGGUACUGCACGAGUGUUAUGGAGACGAGUACGUGGACGGUGGUCUACGAGAGUUGGAGUGA